CACAGUCGGUAAUUCGGCUACUACGCCUUUCCCCAUAACUAGUUCACGUUAUUAUCAGUACUGUACUCUUCAGGAAAAUAGAAUGAAAAUAAUUCGUAUCGCCAAAUGUUGCUACACGUUAAAGACGUUUUAGGAACAUGUUGGUUUGCUUUGAUUUGUAAACAUAAUACAUGAUACAUUACGCGGAGGGAUACUCCACAUUGUGAGUUACAAUCAGGGUUGCAGUUGCGCUCGGUAAGUUUGUAUGAGAUCCAGGUAUCGGGGACGAGCAGGUCCGGAGACUUGUGUUGCUUUUAGUAUUUUAAUUUUAAAGAAGAUAUAUCUUUUUUUCUGGCUUUCAAUGGAUUAAAGGCGUCGUCAAAGUCCUUAAAGGUUGACCGGGAAGAAGAUUUUUUGUUUUAGAAAAUGCCGUUGCAUGGAAAGAUAGUUGUUAUCAAAAGGAGUGGAGCUGAUGGAACAGAAUUCCCUCUAACUGCACAAUCAUGCUUGUUUGGAAGGAAACCUGAUUGUGACAUUCGCAUCCAGCUCCCUCAUGUUUCCAAAGAGCACUGUAAAAUUGAAGUGAAUGAAAAUAAAGAGGUGAUUGUAACAAAUUUGAGUACAGUUAAUCCUACUCGUUUGAAUGGUAAAAUUGUACACCAGUCUGAAUCUUUGAAGGACAGAGAUGUGAUCACUAUUAUUGAUCGUUCUUUCAGGUUUGAGUAUCCUCCUGAAUUGACCCCAAAGAAAAGAAGACUAUCUGCAUCUGCAAAAAAUGAAACCCUGCAGGUGCUUCAUCUUCAGCAGGUGAAGGACACGGUGUGUUUGUCUCCUGGAAAUCAAAGGCAAUCCACCACCUUGACUUCAGAUGCAUCAUAUGAUCUAAAAGAAGCAAAGGCUAUUGCAACUGAACUGUUAAGUGAGGCACACAUCAAAAAUGCUACACCUGGAAAAAAGAAUGCAUCUGAUACAGAAUUUGCCCAUAACCAUAGGGGAAAUCAGGAGAAGUUAUUGGAGGGUUUGUCUCCUUUCAGUCAACUUUAUAAAACGCUUAAACGCCAAUUCCAGACAAAUGACCACCAAGCCUUUAGCAAAGAUGGGAAAACACCAAGGAAAGCAUCAGGAGAUGCAGCUCCUCAGACACCUUUAUCAAGGCGUAAAUCUGACAAAAUUAGUCCAACCCAGGCUGUUGAAGUUCAGAUAAAUGAGGAUAAAUCCAAAGCUAAUCAUGAGCUGCCACUGGAAGUUAAAAGUAUACCAUUACCACAAGUCCCUGUUUCCAGAAUAACUCCAAACAGAGGCAGAAAGUCCUUUGUCAUUUGUGAAAAAUCAGCUGAAGAGGCAACGUCACAAAAUCUAGUUUCCAGUGUUUCUUCAGAGGAGAAAAAUACUUUAGAAGAUGAAUUGAACAAAGAGAUAAUUGACUUGCCAAGGUUUAGGAGAAGGAGCAAAGUAGUGAAUGAUUUACAGUCUGAUGCUGUAAAUGGUGAAACCUCCCAAAUAAGCAAUAUGACAGAUAUUAUUCUAACCCCCAAAGAUGAUCGUCGUUCAGCAUCACGUGGUAGGUCCUCAAUACGUAUAGUUAUGUCGGCAGAUAAUGAAGAUGAUGGAUUUGUUGAACCUAGUGUUUCAGAUAACGAGGCCAGCUCUGUAAAUGGUACUCCAAAGUCUAAAGGAAAAGGUCGACCAAGAAAGUCCCCAUUAAAAGGUGACUAUGCAGGAGGGAAUUCUGUUUGUGAAAGUGCGAAAGAAAUACCCACAGUGGUGGAGAAUGUAAUAGGCACUGACCAAGAAACUCCUAAGAGACGUCGCCGGUCUUCCCAAACACCACCUGUGAAAUCGGCAGAAGAAAAGAAUGAAUCUGGGGAGGAAGCACAACACAAACAAGACAGUUUUUCCAAAGCUAAAGAAACUCCAAAGUCUAAAAGAAAUGGCAGGCAGUUUACACUGCAAAGAUCCAUUAGUGCAGAUGAAGUGCUAAAAGAAAUCCAAGAACUUCCGUCUUCGGCAGAGGAAAUGGCAUCGGGAGGAAAAAAAACAAAAACACCUAAAAAAGGCAGGAAAAGUAUAGAAUCUGAAACACCAGCUUCUGAAGCAGAGCUUACUCCUAAGAAAGUUUCCUCUUCACCAAGGUGGCGAAGUAGAUCACUUUCACCUGGCAGUCUUGAAACUCAGGAUCCAGUCAAGAAAAAUGUUAAUGGCAUCAUAACGCCACAAGAAGAAAAAGUGGUGACACCAAAAACACAGGAAAGUCCUCUAACAAAUGAAGUUUCGCCCAAACAGAAGACUCCUAAUAGCUCUCCAAGAAGGCACUCUGGAAAAGCAAUGCUGAAAGCGGAAGAAGUACUUUCAGAAAUUGAGUCAUUGGCACCACCUAGUGGAGAAAAUGGUGCUGUGGAAACAGGUACUAAAAAGACUUCCUGCAAGAAGCGCAGAAGCGGGGAACUGCAAGAGAAAUUAGUGGAACCACCUUUAAAAAGAAAGAGAGUUUCCUUUGCUGGUCACUUGAGCCCUGAGCUGUUUGACAAACGCUUGCCACCCGAUUCUCCUCUGCGGAAAGGAGCUAUGCCAACCAGAUUGAGUCUGUCAGUUGGGAGCAAAGGACCCUCAGUAUUACGGAGGGUGUCGACAAUAGGAAUCAAGUAUUCCUUGAUAAAGGAAUUUUCUGAAGAUAAGCCAAGUCCCAAUAAGAAGGCAUCUCCUAAAAAAACACCCUCUAAACCAAAUACUCUAUCACCUGACAAGAAGUCCCAGAAGCUGAUUGCCAAGACUCUCUCUCCAGCUAAGUCUGUGACCAAAACCCCCUCCCCUGGCAGAAAAUCCCUCUCUGGCGCUGCCAAGACCCCUACUCUGACAAGCUUAACUGCUUCAUCAGACAGGAAGUCCCCAAAUGUUGCUGAUGUAGAACCCUCUCCUGGCUGGAAAUCUCCUAUAAGUGCUGCCAAGACACCCUCACUGGCUAGGUCUGUAGCCAAGACCACCUCCCCUGGUAGAGAGUUGCCUGCUAGUGUUUCCAAGAUGCCCUCCCCAGCUACUGCCACUACUAAGACACCCCCUCCUGGUAGGAAGUCCCCAGCUAGGUCCUCUGCCAAGAUGCCCUCCCCAGCUAGGUCCGCUGCCAAGACGCCCUCCCCAGCUAGGUCCGCUGCCAGGACGCCCUCCCCAGCUAGGUCCGCUGCCAGGACGCCCUCCCCAGCUAGGUCCGCUGCCAGGACGCCCUCCCCAGCUAGGUCCGCUGCCAGGACGCCCUCCCCAGCUAGGUCUGCUGCCAGGAUGCCCUCUUCCAACAGGAAGUCUUUAUCAAGUACUACCAAGACACCCUCUCCAGCUAUGUCUCUUUCUAAGACACCAUCUCCGGGCACAAAGUCGCUCACUGGUGCUGCCAAAACGCCCUCUUCAUCUGGUGCUGCCAAGAUGUCCCUUCCUAGUAGGCGGUCACUUGCUGGUGCUGCCGAGAUGCCCUCUCCAAAUAAAUCUGUAACCAAGACACCCUCUACUGGUAGGAAGUCUCUUGGUACCAAUGCCAAUACCACACCUGUAGUAUUAACUACAACACCAAAAAGUGGUACACCUUAUGUUAGUGGGCGCUUCUCUGUUUCCCACAUCAGCACACCUUCACCUAUUCCUGAACAAAGCACUGUUGUAUCUAAAGCAGAACCUGUUGCUGAAGAAAUACAUUGUGAUGCUGUCACACCUAAACCAUCCCAUAGAAGGAAAAGCAUUCAGUCUGCAGCAAAGAAAACCCCUUCUAGGAGAAAGAGUUCUGUUCUUGAUGCAGUUCAUUCAAGAAGUGGGGCAUCUAAAGCGAACUUGCUAGUUGCAAGAUCCUGGGCUGAUAUUGUGAAACUCGGGGCUGCCAAAACACAGAGAAUGGUUUUUGCAAAGAAGCAGGCCACGAAGGCAAAGAAGGUUACUAUUAAGAAGGUUACAUCAAAAAUGCCGAAGACCCCUGCUCAGAAAAUCAAAGGCCAUUUCAGUACUGGACAUGCAGAUUCUCCCAUGACCAUUGUUGUAGGCAGAGCCCAUGCUAGAGCUGUCAAGCCAGCAGGGCAAGUUCCAAAGCUGGUUAGAAAUUUGGCGUUAAUGAAAAGAAGCAUGGAAAUGAAUGAAAGUUUUACAGGAAUUGCUGAAAUGUUUAGUACCCCUGUAAAUGAGAAACCAAGGAGAACAAGGCGCUCCUCUGCCAGCACUGAGGUUGUCUGCUCUACUCCUGUUUCUUUAACUGAUGCCUCUGUACUGAACACCCCAGAGGAAACUGGUGAAAUGGUUGUAUCCCCAUUAAGCGCACCCAGUACUACAAGACGUGGAAGGUAUAAUAAGGAUGCAGUGACCCGUCUUCUUCAAGAGAAGGAAUCCAGUUAUAGUGUCGUAAAGACUCCUACUAAAGAAAUUAUUGCACCAAUCGAUCUCUCUGGUGGGAGUCAAGUAAGAGUUCAACCGUCAGAAAAGGUGGUAGAUACAAGUGAGCAAACACUUGUUGAGAAGACAGCAGCUGAAACAGAUGAAGGUUGUAAAAAAUUAAUGAGGACCCCUAAACAAAAGGCUGAGCCACUGGUGGCCCUUACAGGAGUUAAAAGGCUUAUGAAAACACCAAAACAGAAGUCAAAACAAAUAGAAGACUUCAGAGGGCUCAAAAGACUCAUGAGAACACCCAAAAAACCUAAAGUACAGAUAAUAGAGGAUCUUGUUGGGGUAAAGAGAAUAAUGACAACUCCAAAACAGAAAGCAUCACCAGUGGAAGACAUGGUCGGAAUAAAAAGAUUAAUGCAGACCCCUAAACAUAAGGGAGAGUCUGUUGAAGAUAUGUCUGGCAUUAGCAGAACAAUGAAGUCUCCAAAACUAAAGAUUGCUCCUGUAGAAGGCUUUGCAGUUUUGCAAGAACUUAUGGAACAGCCCGAGGAAAAAAAGCAAAACCAUGAAUCAAAACUAAUCAUAGAAACAUUUGCUGCUUCAGAGACCAAGAGAGAAUCGAAAAAACAUGAAAGUGUUAGAACAUUGGCCAUCCUGGCACAGUCCAGUAUAGCAGCUCAACAACCACCUUCAAGGAGAUCUUGUCGGGGAGAUUGUGAAAUAUCUGUAUUGCCUAGACCCUUAAAUAAUUGUGGAAGAACAGAGCAGGUGAAACUGACAAUGGAUAUUGCAGAGCAUUCAGCCGUACAAAGUUCAAGUGACACUCCAAUUGAGUGUGUUAAAGCUUCCACAGCCCAAACUGCUUCUACUAGAAAGUCUGGAAGAGGUAGUAAAGCAUCAGAUGUUGAAUUGUCAUCUCUGGAAGCAAUUUCAGUUGAAGUUUGCCAAGUUAAAAGUGAUAACAUUUCCAAACCUACAACAGUGUGUGUCAAAUUAUCACCUAUCCCAAAGAGAGCAACACAUGGAACUGAAAAUAAGGUUACUUCUAGAAGCGAUACUCUGGCACCACCUGCCUUCGAAAUUGCUUUAGUUAAAGAAUCUUCCAUAGAUUCUGUAAAAUUGUCCACACCACCCAGGAGGUCACAACAUGAGAAUGAAAAGGACACUGUGCAAAAUGAAAGCUCAAUAUCAUCCCUACCUGUGAAUAAAACUCCAAGAGGAAACAAACUAAUGCAGAAUGUAGAACAAAAUCAUGCAUCUACAGAACUCACUGAUUUAACUGUUGAAAUUGUUAAAGCUUCUGCUGUCUCUGCAAAAUGGACACACAGUGGUCAAAUUAAAGAAGUUGAGACACCUGCUUUGCCUCCUGAAACAAAACAAAAAAUAGAGGAAGUUGAUCAUAUGUUGAAUGAAGUAGCUACUGCUGAGGAAAGCGUCUCUCAAAGUGUGUCAUCGCCUACAGCUAAGAGAUCACAUGGUGCCAUCAAGGAUGUUACUGAAUUGGACACAACUGCCUCGCCUGCUCCUAUGAAGAAAUCUUUAAGAGGUAGGAAGGCACGACAUCAUUCAGAUGAAACACAGGAGACAUCUACAGAAGUAGUUGCUGCUGAAAGUGUAAUGUCUUUGCCUAUGCUGAAGAGGUCACGACGAGGUGCUGUCAAAGAUUUUGCGGAAGAGGUGAUAACUUCAUCACCAGCUCCUACUAAGAAAUCUGGAAGGGGUAGGAAGGCAAAACAAAAUUCAGAAGACAAGCAUGAGACAUCUACAGAAGUAGUAGCUGAGGAAAGCUGUCCGGAAAGUGUAAUGCCUAAACCAAAGAGAUCACGACAAGGUGCAGUCAAAGAUAUUGUAAAAGAGGAAAUGACUGGACCACUAGCUCCUACAAAGAAAUCUGGAAGGGGUAGAAAGGCAAGACCCAAUUCAGUUGACACACAAGAGACAUCUGCAGAAGUAGUUGUAGCUGAAGAAAGUAGUCUGGAAAGUGUAAUGCCUUUCUCUACGGCAAAGAGAUCAGAACAGGGUGCAGUCAAAGAUACUGCAGAAUUGGAGACCACUGCAUCACCAGCUCCUAUCAGAAAAUCUGGAAGGGGUAGAAAGGCAAAACCCAAUUCAGAUGACACACAAGAGACAUCUAUCAAAGUAGUUUCAGCUGAAGAAAGCCUUCCUGAAAGUGUAAUAUGUAGCCCUAGAACAAAGAGAUCACAACAAGGUGCAGUCAAAGAUACAGCAGAAUUAGAGACCACUGCAUCACCAGCUCCUAUCAGAAAAUCUGGAAGGGGUAGAAAGGCAAAACCCAAUUCAGAUGACACACAAGAGACAUCUAUCAAAGUAGUUUCAGCUGAAGAAAGCCUUCCUGAAAGUGUAAUAUGUAGCCCUAGAACAAAGAGAUCACAACAAGGUGCAGUCAAAGAUACAGCAGAAUUAGAGACCACUGCAUCACCAGCUACUACCAAGAAAUCUGGAAGGGGUAGGAAGGCAAAACAAAAUUCAAAAGACAAACCUGAGAUGUUUACAAAAGUAGUUGCAGCUGAGGAAAGCUGCCCUGGAAGUGUAAUGCUUUCCCCUACAACAAAAAGAUUGCAACAAGGUGCAGUCAAAGGUACUGUAGGAGUGGAGACAACUGCAUCGCCAGCUCCUACCAUGAAAUCUGGAAGGGGUAGAAAGCCAAAACCCAAUUUAGAUGGCACACAUGAGACACCUGUAGAAGCAGUUGCAGCUGAAAGUGUAAUGUCUUCACCUUCAACAAAGAGAUCACGACGAGGUGCCAACAGAGAUACUGCUGAAGUGGAGACAACUAUAUUCUCUGCUCCAACCAAGACAUCUGGAAGGGGUAGGAAGGCAAAACAAAAUACAGAAGACCCACAUGAAACGUCUUUAGUAGUAGUUGCAGUUGAGAAAAGCUGUCCUGAAAGUUUAAUGCUUUCCCCUACAACAAAGAGAUCACGUCAAGGUGUAGUCAAUCACGCUGCAGAAGUGACGAUAACUGCAUCACCUGCUGAUACUAAGAAAUUUGGAAGGGGCAGAAAGACUAAACAAAAUUCAGAUGACACACUUAAGUCAUCUGCUGAUGUUGAUGCAACUGAAAGCGCAUUGCCUUCCCCUACAACAAAGGGAGCACGACGGGGUGCAAUCAAAGAUAUUGCAGAGAAGGAGACGACUGCAUCACUUGGUCUGAUCAAGAAAUCUGGAAGGGGCAGGACGGCAAAACAAAACUCAAAUGACACACAAGAGAUGUCUAUAGAAGUAACUGCAGCUGAGAAAAGCUGUCCUGAAAGUGUAAUGCCUUCUCCUUCAAUAAAGAGAUCACAAAGAGGCACAAUCAAAGGUGCUGCAGAAGCGGAAACUAUAUCUGCUGCUCCUAUUAAGAAAUCUGGAAGAGGGAGGAAUGUAAAACACCUUGAGGAAAUAGAACAUACCUCUACAGAAGUACCUGAAGAAAGCCGAGCUGAAAGUGUAAAAAAGUCCCCUCUGUCCAAAAGUUCACGUCGGUGUACCAUCGAGGAUACUACUAUGCAGAAAACUAGAUGUGGAAAGAAAGUAUCACCUGUGAGAGAAAAAAGAGGAACCACAAAGAAAAAUGCAAAGGAUGCAGAAACAGAAGAACUUGAGACCUCUAAAAAUUCAAUGAUUAUGGAUGAAAUUAAAAAUCUUUCCAAAAAAAAAGUAAAAUGGAGUAUUGGGCUAACAAUGGAAAAUAAUACAUCUGAGAACAAUGCUGUAGAACAUCUUUGGACAUAGAGGUACCAGUGCAACCAGCAAAACCUUGUAGAGGACGACCUGGAAGGAAACCAAAAAUGACUGAAGCAGAGAUGGUCCAGGAACAGGUUGCUGAUGAGUCAAGUUCUAAAAAGGGAAGCAAACAGGCUGUUGGGGUCAGUUCUAAAAGGGAAGCCUCUUUAGAGAUUAUUUCAAACAAUGUAACUGCAAUUGAAAAGGAAGGACUUUGUGGCAAAAGUGGAAGCAAAAGAAAAAUGAUCUGUAAAGAGUCUGCUAAUGCAAAUUUUGAAGAGCAAGAAAAUGUGUUAAUAGAAGUAGCUCCAAAAAGAGGUAGGCAUGGAAAAGCAAAGACAACUGUUGAUGAGGAAGCACAGAGCUCCACAGGUCCCAGUGCUUCUACAGUUGAAAUUAAAGCUGUACCAGUAGUAGAAACUGUGAAACCUAGAUCAAUCAAGAGGGCAGGGAGAGCAAAAGCAUCAUCACAGCAGAAACUGGAUCUGCCAAAAGAAACUAAUGAAGAUCACAUUAUUGAUGAGAGUGCAUCCCAGGCUGGGAAACCAGUUCAAUUAAAGAAGCCCAUUGGAAGGGGCAAAAGAAAGCUUGAGCUGGAAGCAGAAACUGAGGCUGAUGUGUCUUUCCUAAGUCCUUUAAAGUCAACCAGAGGAAAGCGUGCUAAUCUAACAAAUGAAGCUGAAAGCAGAACAUUGAAAACUGCAGCUGAUGAUAAUGUAACUCAGGGAAAAGUAUCUAGAAGAAGAGGAGCAGCAGCAGCAGCAUCAGAUAAGAAAACUGCAGCCACAAAAACAGAAGGGAAACCAGUCAGAAGUACGAGACGGAGAUAGACAUGUAAACGGUUGCGUUUUUAUAAAAAUUGGUAGCUUAUUUGUAUUCUGUCUGUCAAAUAUUUUUUUUUAAAUGUGAGGCACUGCAGCUUAAUUAUGCUUGUAUCUUUUCUAUCUUAAAUACAUACUGCGCUGUAAAUUCAUUUGAUAUAUAUAUUUUAAAUACCCCCCGUUUUAUACAGCUGAGUAAUACUCAAUUUCUGAGUGGUAAGACUUGUAUAUUUUUGCAAAGACUUGUGUCUUUUUAAUAUUAAGUCAACCAAUAUGCAUUAGUUUAUUUUAUGUUGUGUGAUAAUUUUAUAAUUUUAUGCUGGUAAAGUGUUCAUAUAUAUAUAUAU